ACGACGGAGGGGGGACGCGUUGUACAUGUAAACAGACGAGGAAAGCUUCCUCCAUAACUCGGGAUUCGAUCAACACGAGUCAGUUUGUUUAUGCAGACGCACGCGUUCGAUGACACUGUGACGGCGAGCAGCAGCAGCAGCCAUGGAGCUUCCUGUGAACGUGAAGGUGAAUUUCAGAGGGAACGCGGAGAGUUUCCUGGUGUCCGACUGGAAGAGAUGGAGUUGGGAGUCCAUGGAGGCCACGAUCAAAAUGGCCUUCAGUUUGAGCAGCUUGCAGCUGAAGUACCUGGAUGAAGAGAAGGAGGAGGUUUCCAUAAACAGUCAAGAGGAAUUCCUGGAAGCUCUUAAGUGUGCAGUGAAACAGGGCCACCAGCUCACCAUGAACGUGUAUAAGGCGAAGGGCGCUGCUGACAGGCCCCUGAAAGCAAAGGGCAAGGAUGUGAGGAGUGGGCUGCGGACAGCCCCACCUUACCAUGCCCUGCCCUCCAUGGUGAAGACGGUGGACCGUGAGACGCAGGCUCCGAACCUUGAGCAGGAUGGGGUGCCUUCCAAGGAGACACAAGUGAGCAAAGAGGAUGAGAAGAGUCCGCCAAGUUGGUUCACAUCCUACAUGGAAAAGUUCAAGGACCAGGUGGUAAAGGAGGCAGUUGAAAUGAUCUGCCGGGAGUUUUCUGGCCAGUGCUGCGUCCACCAGCUACCCCACCUGUCCUCCUCAGCCCCUCCCUGGCCCGGGGCUGUCACCUCCUCACCAACCUGCAGCAGGUGCCAAUGUCAGGUGACGGGUGGUGGAUACCAGUGCAGCAUAUGUACGUGCUACAGCCUAUGUGAGAAGUGCAGCUUGGCACAUGACCCGGGCCACAGCCUGCCUCGAGCCAUGACUCCCCUCUCCAUCCCAGAGUACGGAGUACCGGGCGAGCGCCACAGGUUCCAGAAGCAGGGCGAGCGCGGCUCCCGCAAGGCCGACAAGCACAAGUUGAAGGCUGAGAAACGCCAGCUCAAGGCAGAGGUUAAGGAGAUUCGGAAGCAGUUAAGGAUGGAGAAGAGGGGCAUGCAGCAGAGUGCCAUGCUGGACAGGACCCCCCCGGCGGUGCUGCUUGUCCCUCGAAGUGCCCAGUCGCCCAGCCUCAAGGGGCCCAAGACGACCUGUCCUACGGGGGUGCCCACCAUGACUGCCCUUUUUCUUGAUGAAAACCUGCCGGACGGGACCCGAAUGCAGCCUGGAACCCAGUUCGUUAAGUACUGGAAGAUGAGGAACACCGGCACAGUCUGCUGGACAACCGAGACCAGGCUUAAGUUCAUGUGGGGCAACCUGCCCCUGGCAUCCCGAGAGAAGCAGAAGGAGGUGGCUGUACCCUUCCUGCAGCCCGGCCAGGUGGGCGUGGUCAGCGUCACGUUCGUGGCACCCAUCAUGGAGGGCACAUACACGUCACACUGGCGCCUGGCACACCGCGGGGAGCAGUUUGGCCCACGUGUGUGGUGCAGCAUGGUGGUGGAUCCCGACACUGGCCAGAGUCAAGAGAAAGUGCAUGGAGGGAACUGUGUGCCAAUGCCUGAUAGUCCCGAAAGAGAGUAUUUGAUACCCUCCGUGGACCUGCUCACAGCUCAGGACCUCCUUUCUUUCGAGCUGUUGGACAUCAACAUCGUGCAGGAGUUGGAGAAGGUGCCCCACAACAGCCCAGCUGACACGACUCCCUGCACGUCCCCACUUCCCCAAGACUGCUCUGUGCUGGAGAGACGGAACUUGUCCCUAAUCCAGGAGGAGUCGGAGGUGCCGGAGGAGAGGAGCAGCCUGGGGGUCACUGUGGAGCCACCGAAGCACCAGACAGGCCUUCAUGCCCAGGAGGAGGGUGAGGAUGACAUCAGUGGGACGCAGUUUGUGUGCGAAACUGUGAUCCGCUCUCUGACCUUGGAGGAAGCGCCAGAUCACAAGCCGCUGCGUCGCACACUCACUGGCAGCACCAAGGCCCCAGAGCAGCGUCCCUGCAGCGUGGAGGUGCCACAGAAACUAAGCGAUGCCCUGCUCCAUAGCGAGCUCAAGUUCCUGCUGCACCGCCCUGCCUCUCCAGAGGUGAGCGCCCCCCGUGGUGGCAGCCAGUCCGAGGCAGAGGACGAAGAUGAGGAUGAGGGCGAGAGGGAUGAAGUGCGCAGCCAGGCCUCCUCGGCUUCCUCCGAGGACUACGUCGUCAUCCUGCCCGACUGCUUUGACACGAGCCGCCCGCUGGGCGAGUCCAUGUACAGUUCGGCCAUGUCGCAGCCCGCUCGCGAGAGCGACGGCCCAGGACACAUGGCAGGUGGGCUGUCAGGGCGCAGCACACCCGAAGGCCAACCGGAGGACACAGCGCUCGUGCCCAGGAAUGCUUCGCUCGCUCCGGACGUCACACCCCUUGCUGUGGUCCCGCUGCGCACAGCCGGCCCCAAGGUGCCCAGCAGUGCAGCCCUCGGCAACAGGUCUGAAGCGGCGGGAGAGGGUACUGCACCUGACGUGCUGCACCAGGGUCGUGACCCUCAGGACAGGCCAAGGCCAGUGUUCAACGGUCCGGCUCCCUCCCAAGGUCCAUCUGGUCCAUCUGAGACACCAAAGUCGCCAGAUCUCAGGGCUCAUGGGAGUAUUGCUGGCGGACUGGUCAAGGGAGCACUGUCCGUUGCUGCGUCAGCCUACAAAGCCCUCUUCACUGGACAGCAAGGGCCUCCGCUGUCACCGGCAGACAGCACCAACCAGGACAUCACCAUGAUGGCGGUGCUUCUGGAGAUGGGCUUUGGUGACCGGCAGCUCAACCAACGGCUGCUGCGAAAGCACAACCACAACCUACUGGAGGUUGUCAACGAGCUGGUGCAGAUGGCUGACAACGAGUGGUACGCCACACGCUAUUGAGGGCAGAGCUCUUCUGUCAUGAAGACAACCCCCCCCCCCCCCGAGCACGAGCCUGUUCCCUUCUUUUGGGUCGGAGUUCAGUUUCUGGCAUACUGGCCUCAUGUUGUUGGUUGUGUGUGCCUAUGGAGACAUCAUGGUUUCUCCUGUGGUUUCUUAUCAAACAGAAAAUGUCAUGGUACAUCAUUAGAUGAAAGCCUCUAUACUUAGAUAACGUACUCUCUCGUCGCUACCGGGUUCAUUAAAAACAGCACUGCCUUCAUUAGCUACAAAGAUAGGAAAAUGGGAAACACAUAUCAACAUGUAACGCUGGGUCAUCAACUUCAAACGCAAUUCAGACAGUUCACACUGUAAUUCAGUUUGUUUGUAGAUCCAACCACUGCUUCAAAAUGUGUAGAAGCUUAAUAAUACACACAUCUCUUAGCUUGUUCAAGGGCUGGGUUCGCCAAAAAACCUUUGGUAAAAGCAAUAAUGAACUAAAAAUUUGCUGUAAAACUUUUUUAAAGUUCAUUCAGUUGUCAUCAGUCACUCAUCCUAUUGAUGGUAGCUGUGGCAGAGCUCACUACCCAGGGAGCCAGUUAGUCACAUGACUAUAAUGAACAGUACAACAUCUUCACAUCCCCCUGUGGAGUGCAAUUCAUUACAUAAUCAUGCAUAACAUUCACAAGCAUCUGACCAUUUUGUUUCAUUUUUAACUGUACAAUCAAAAUAGUAAUAGAGAUGUACCUUGAUUUAGCUGCUGGGCAGGUUCUGUAAAAGUCUUGGAUAUAGCUAUAGUCAAUUUAAAAAAAUGCUAUAAGACUUUAACAUUUUAUUAAUUCAGCUACACUAAAAAUAAAACUAAAGUGACAAAUUACAAACAUGCAGUCUCCAUAAAUUGCAUGUCUCCUAAAUGCAGUCUUCAUGCAUUUAAUGUAGAUUGUUGAUUUAUUUAUCCCAUAGACGUGCGACAUUCCAUGAGUUAUUGAUCACAAACACUCGCAAAUACCAAACACAAGCUGUAUCACUGGAACGGAGCUGCAUUAAUCUGGUCCAACAUUCUUACUGUUUGGGUGUCGCAGUAGCUAACUGCCACUGGAUGCAGAAACUACUGCGACAAACAAAUUCUUGAAAGUAGACAAGCUGUAACUUUUGUAACACAAGGGUUCGGUGUACACAAACCAGGGGAAGGAUGUUGUUUCCUGGCUAAGAGAUCUUCUGCUGUAUAUCUGCUAGAGCUACAUACUGUAUGAUAAUGCUGAAUUAAUCUGGGCUUCUCUGUAAUCUUCUGGCAGUUGUAGCUGUUCAAAUGUGUAGAAACUAUGUGUUGAUACUAUGUAAAAUGGUAUGCAUGACCAUCUGUGUGGGAACUGAAACCCCUUUUUUGUGUGGCAAAUGCAAGUUAGAAUAAAGCAAAGUGAACCUAUAGGCACACUUGGGAUCAAGCAUUAAACUGCACUUUAAAUGUCA